CCAUCAUGUCUCGACAGCGCCCGUUGACGCGGAUAGCAUGGUGCAGACGGCCAUUGCUCUACUCCAAUCGCCGUUAUGCCACCCAGCAGAGUCCCCAAACCACCGCCAGCACCGCCCACCAGUCUCUUCCACCCGGCUGGGAGGAUGAAGCACUGUCGCUCUCGGAUUUCUCGCAGCUGCCGCACAAGGAUUUUGGGAAGAAUCAGUUGAUGGAAACGAAUGAGGAAUUCAAAAGGAGUUUGAGGAAAAUUCUGCGGCAGCUGCCACCCAUCACGUACGCUUUCGCCUACGGUUCCGGCGUCUUCCCGCAGUCCGAUGCGACCACGUCGCGCGUUACGCAUUCUCCACAUCCAGAUGCUCCCGAAGCGAUAUUAAAAUGGCAGAAAGGAGGAGGAAAGAUGAUCGACUUCAUGCUCGCCACACGCUUCUCCCAGCACUUCCAUUCGUUGAACUUGCGCGAGCACCGGGACCAUUACUCUUUUCUUGGGUCUUUGGGCUCGGGCGUGGUUAGCCAUGUCCAAGACGCAUACGGCGCAGGCGCAUACUUCAACCCAUAUAUCACCAUAAAUGGCACCAUGAUCAAGUAUGCCGUGGUCAACCUCGACACGCUGCACCGGGACCUUACCGACUGGGAUACGUUGUACCUUGCCGGGCGCCUCCACAAACCCGUCAAGAUUCUCUUCGAAGAACCCAAUAUCCGCGUCGCAAACCAGCGCAACCUACUCUCCGCCGUGCGAUGUGCGCUCCUUCUUCUACCCCCUCAGUUCACGGAGAAACAGCUCUACUCCACAAUUGCUGGGCUCAGUUACCAGGGUGACCCUCGGAUGACGUACGGCAGCGAGCACCCCAAGAAGAUCGACAACAUUGUGACCCACCAGAUCAAGAACUUCAGAUAUCUAUACCACGACCUCAUUACGUCGCUGCCAAACAUAUCCUACGUCGACGGGCACGCAACAUCGAAGGCCGCCUGGAUGGACGACCCAAAGCUCGAUCUCAAACUGAGCCAGGAUAUGGACGUGGAGCGGAGAUCUAAUAUGGUCCGCAGGUUACCGAAGUCAUUCCGAGAAAAAGUCUACUUCCUCUACCAGCGCAAGUUCGCCAUUCCGGGCCGGGAGUUCCAAGAAAUGCUAGAAGCCAGCAAGGACGAAGACGAAAAAGGUGGCCUGAAGAAGCCUGUCGGAGGCAAAUUCGAUCGGCGCAUUGCAGCUGAAAAUGACCUACCGGAUAUGGUCACUAAGGCUAUCGACCAGACGGUCAAGUGGCCAUCGACAGUGCAGAGCGUCAAAGGUGUUCUGACUGCCGGUCCGGCCCGAGCUUGGAGGUAUCUGCAGGAGAAGAGAGAAAAAGGAAGGAUGAAGGGAUGAAGCAUCUUGGACCGUUGGCCUCUUCAGGCGCACCUUUCCUUUGUACCACUUUUGUCACAAUACCGAAAAGCAGCAUAGACUUGGGCUGGACUUGCAUGUAGCCGCCGUCUUGGAGAUUCGCGGGUCAGGCUUGUAUUACUGGUAGGGCGUCGGGGCACGCACGUUGUUGGCAGCUUGGAUGCUGUCCGUUUAGACUUUCAAUGUAUAAAUUCAAC